AUGAGUAGCUUAAAUCGAAAGGACCUCGAGCAUUGCCUACCCACGGAAGAUAAAAAUGAGUCAUCGAGUGGCCACAUGGCCGAAGCCACUGAACCCAUUGAUACAUCACAAACGUUAGUCCUAAAUGAGGAGUCCAAUCCAAGGGAUCAAUCGAAGGAAAAUCUCGAAGCUGAGGGAGUCUCCGAGGAGAUCAGCGAUUGUGACGAUGAAGGAGAUAUUCUGAACGACUUUCACUUUGGAUGCGACGAGGAAGCGGUGGAGGCACGACAGGAGGGUCUCAAGGCCUAUAACGAGUGCCGCUACUCCGAUGCCUUGGAUCAACAAUACCGCGUGGUCCGCUACUUCUCUCAGAAGUACGGGGCCACCGCUCCUCAAUGUGGUGUGUAUUUUCUAGACUAUGCAUUAUCCCAGUUGCGGCUCCUACAGUCCCAGAGCACCAUGGAGGAUGCCCUGAAACCGCGCGAUGAGGAGGCGAUGGAGGCGUGUUUCAUCAAUCUUGAAGUUGCCCGUGUAGCCUUUCAGAAAAAGGAGAGAGAGAAUGAUAACGAUGACGUGGCUACGGAGCUGUUUCUUGCUGAAGUCCAUAAUGCUCUGGCACAGCUUAACAUAGAAAAGGAAGACUACGAUGCCGCCUUGCGUGAAUACGAGGCGGAGCUGCUUAUUUACCGUUCUUUGCAAAUCCAAAAUCUGGACGCGGUACCCGCUGGCCGUGUUGUGAGUGCGCUCUAUGGCAUUGCAGAUUGUUUUGCUAAGGAGGGUGACUUUGCUGGUGCGGAGGAGCGUUUUCAAAUCACCCUAAACGAGAUCGCUAAGUACCCUACUGGUACAAUAUCGGUUGAGCUGAUAGACGACAUAAAGGACAUGCUUGAUGAUGCGCGCGACAUGAAGGAUGGGCGAUUUAACAAGAUUCAAGAGCAGAUCCAGCAACAAUUUGCGGCAGAUGCGGAACAGAUGCCGACUGCUCAUGAGUUCUAUGAGGUUGGCAACUAUGAGAAACAUCCUUUCUUAAGCUCUGUGCCAGGUGGUGCAGCAGAGCUGAAUGCAGAGAGUCUAUCAAUGCCUAUUUCAGCAACCGGGCAGGUGCUCGGGAUGAAUGAUCACAGCAAUAGCCAGUCCAUCUCACUUUUUCCAGCUCAAAGUAGCAGGAGUGGACCUUCUUUGGCUACCACGGGACCAGUGAGGCAUGUGACGGUGCGCAAGAAACCCAAAAAUGUCACUCCAGCGGCUUCCGCACCGAUCCCUACUGAAGGUCCCAUAGAAGGAUUUGAGGCCAAGAGACUUCGAACCGAAUCCUAA